AUGCCGUCCCCCACGCUGGUCGUCAGGGAGCGGCUGUCCGUGGCCACAGCCAUCAUCGGCCUGCUGGCCGUCGGAGGCAAGGUAAUCGACGCCUUGUGGGACCUCAGGACGCCCACGCCCACGCCGGCUGGCCAGCCGUGUCCGGUCUUUGCCCGGGCUCUCCAGGAGCUCAAGCAGUGCCGAUCGACGGUCCACGUUCUCUUCAAGGUCCUUCUGCAGGUCGAGUCGGCCCAGCUGCCCUUUCCCGACCGCGGAACCUGGGUCGAGGUCGACUGUCUCGUCGCCACGCUGACCGACACGGUGCUGGCCGUGUCCGACUUGCAGGCCAUAUGCGAGACCUUGACGCCCGAGAGCCAGAGCCUGACCACGCCGCCGCCCGAGCCGCCGCCCGACGAUGCCGCCGCCCGGGCGGACGCAGCCAAGGCCUGCGAGGCCAAGGUGAACGAGUUGUGCAUGCGCAUCCGGUGGCACAAUCUGUCCAUGGCCAUGAUGAUGACGAUUCUCAAGUGUCCGGGCGAGUCGGACGCCCGAAACAGCCGGUUGGGGCUGGAACGCCGGACAAACAGGCUGCUGUGCGGAAACUCGGGCCUGGCCGCCCGCCUGCGCCAGCUCGGGGACGUCAUCGACGGCCGCCGGGCCGAGACCCUCCCUCACUACAGCCCGCACCUGCGCGCGCAGUGGCUGACGGCGCGGCGGCGCGCGACCACCCCCUCCCCCGCCGGCGCGACCGUCGCCGUCGACCCCGCCGCCCCCGCCGCCACGAAGCCGGACGACGGCAGGCCGCGAGACCCCGAGAGCCCCCGCGGGGGACGCGCGCGCGCGCCGCUCCCCUUUUCGGGCUGCACGCUGGCCGACAUCCCCGCCCUGUCGGUGAUCCCGCUGCCCGUGACGACGGACGAGCUGGUCGACGGGGACGAGCUGUACACGUUCAUGUACGCGCGCCGCGUGAGCCGCGAGCUGAGCGAGCUGAUGCGCAGCCAGGCCGGGCAGGGGACCAGCCGCAGCCUGGGCGUCAUCCUGGGCCGCAGCCACGCCGGGCUCGAGCCGCGAGGCAGCGCGAGCACCACGGGCAGCAGCAACGACAGCGGCCGCACGUCGGUGGAAACGGAGCCGGAGGCGCGCGAGAAGCCCGGCAGCAGGUGGCGAGUGCGCCGGCUGAAGCCGACGAGGCGAUGGCGAGCAUAG